AUGACUGCCCAUGUGUCAGACCUCCUCACGCUAAUCAUCAUCACAUCGCCCACUCUCUCUGCUCCGUCUACCGAGCUUCUCUCCACAGUCCUCAAGUCCUUUCGCAACCAUUGCGAACCGCUGCUACGCUGCAGAGUCAUUGUCGUCUUAGAUGCAUAUGAGCACAUCACCGCCCAGCCUCGCCUCAAGAAAGGCCAUGUCACUCAGGAAGGCGCACACCACUACGCCGCCUACAAGGAUAAUGUCCGAAAACUUUUUCUGGGCGAAUACCUCGUCAAGUACAACACCGCCUCGGGGGAAACGGCUAGUUUAAAAAUGACGGAGAUUUGCAGCGAAGCCGAAUACGGCUCACCCGGUAGCACCACACCAGUUCCCAUCACUGUCACAUCGACGGAGAAUGACUGCGUUACAUUUAUCGAGGCAACGGGUCAGAAACGCCUGGGAUUCGGCUUGGCAGUUCGCACUGCCCUCAGGGCUGUCAACACCCCCUACGUCUGGGUUCACCAACACGACUGGGCCCUUGUCUAUGACAUUCCCAUAUCAGCUCUUCUCGGCGCCAUGUGCGCUUCGGAAGUGAGCCAUGAUGCGAAACCUGUCAAGUAUGUGUGCUUGCCCUCGGGGCGGAGAACAUCGUACGCUACAUCCGAUCAAGUCAUGCCCUUUCCGGAACUACGGAAAGUCGCCAUGGCCCUCACCGGCGAUUAUGUACCUCUAAAUGGGGACAAAGCGGCUAGCAUACCCCUGACUCCCAUGUUCUUUUGGCACGACAAGCCGCACAUUGCUUCGACUAAGCAUUAUCUUGAGCGUGUGUUCCCAACCAGGCUGGCCAUGAUGCGAGGAGCCUUCAUCGAGGACACGAUAGGGCAGAAAGCAAGGGGACAGAUGAAGAAUGGCCAGUGGUCCAAGUGGGCCACCUGGCUUUAUCAUCCUGGUAAUGGGAAGCAAGCGUGCUUGAAGCAUUUGCAUGGGCGGACUUGGAGAGGCCAGGAGGAAGAAUCGAGGAUGAAGGAGGUGUAUCGUGAGCGGAAUCUCGGCUGCGUUGCGCCGCCGACCUGCGGAUAA